AUGGUUCGACACCUUUCCGAGCAUCCAUUAUUCGAGCGCCUCACUAAGGAGGAAGAAGAAGCUGAUCCAGUCGUGCCAUUGCUAUUUGAGAGGUAUAGUCGGUUUUUAGGAGUCUAUCAAAGUGCGUUGCAACUCAGUGGCCUUGGCGGCGGCACCAUACCAGCAUUAAGUCAAGGAUCGAUGGUAAAAGUACAGUCUCUCUAUGGGAACGCAGUAUUUUUAUCGUCGAUUCUCAACUAA